AUGGCUCUAGCAAAGAGUCUCUCUCUCAGCGAUCUUUCCGAGAUUCGCAUUUCUUGUGCCAAACCAUUUUCGCGUAUGCAAGAUUCCGACACCGUCAAGGGAUCCCAAUUGAAGACUCUUCAAUCCGCGUGCGUGACUGACUUCGAGGUCACACACGGAGUUAUGAGAUCUCUUGCCGAAAGAGCUGAAAACCGCAUCAAAGGCUUUGCCGAGAUUCCGAGAAUCAAUACGGUAACAGCCUCGAUGCGGCCAAGCUCGCAAGUCCCAAUUUUUGGUGGUUCACCAAACGAUACCUUCUCCGCAUUUUUGCGAUCCUUCAAUGAUCAUGCUAAUACAGCAAAACCUCCUUUGGGAGACCUCGAAAAGAGGAAUAUUUUCUUGACUUAUUUGACAGACGCAGCCAGAGACCGUGCAGAGGAGUUCCUGGAGCAAGAGAGCGAAGCCUCGUUCGCAACCUUGGUUAACCAUCUAAAGGUAAAAUACGAAGAUCCGGUAAGAGCAGAACUUUCGCGCCAGCAACUCCGAACAACGAACCAGCUUCCGGGCGAGUCCGUAGAUGAGUUUGCAGCUAAGGUCAGAAAACUCGCAAAUUCGUCGUACCUCGGAUACUCGCGUGAAUAUAUCAAGGCCAAAACCUUAGAAGCGUUUUUGGACGGGCUCAAAUACGACAUAAAAUUCCACGUUAAGGCCAGUAACCCAAGAACCUUCGAGGACGCCCUCAAUUCCGCAGUGAGAAACACCCCACGGCAAGUGAAAUGCUAUUUCUGCGGACGUCUCGGACAUAUGAUGGCCAAUUGCUUCAAGAAAAACCGUCAAUUUGGCCGCAUCGACCCAAUUGAUAAUCACCAGAUCAGAAACCGGAAUCAGCCGAUCUUUGGGAACCCAGGAAGACGGACAAACAACUAUGAAGGUAACUCAUCAGACGUACGUAAUUUCCAGCCUGACACGACCGCUGACGAUACAGUAAGAGAAUUACGCGCUCAAGUCGAAGCGUUGACCAUGCGCAACAACCAACUAACGAACAACAUGACGCCCAGAGUUAACACGGGUUCAGCCGACAAAUUAACAAAAAUCGUAAGCCGCAACGCUUUCUCAACCAGCGGCAGCACAAAAGCCAACGAGAUUAGCGAAGUCAUCAGCGCCUACGAGCAAUGGCUUGACCUCGGUCACCGAUUGUUCCAAGCCUGGACCGCUAUAGUUUGCACAUUUGUCACCCUUUAUGCAAUCUUCCUCGUCGUAGCCAUAUUCAUCAAGCAACAGGCCGAAGCGCUGCCAUUCAGCGUUUUCCAUCGUUUUGGCAAAAAGACGGCUAAUCCACCCUCCGAAGUCAUCUUCGACUAUUCGGACCUAUUGCCGGCAACAACUACAAUAGCUACCUUCCACUCUCCGCAAGCCCUAUUGGCACAAGUCAAAACAAAAGAAAAGAUACCCCUCGAUCUCGCCGACGAGCAGGACAAGGACGACGACUUACCUCUUCCGACCACGAAUGAAACAUCGACGGAAUCAUUCGCCAAUUCUCUGGCGACGAUCAUACGGGAAGCCUGGACAAACGCGGCAGAUCACGCUCUAAAAGCUCAAGAAAAGUUCCAGUCGUCCUACGACGCGUCAGCAAGGCCAAACCCGAUCCAAAUCGGCGACCGGGUAACGAUGAAAGAUUUUUCAGCCAAAGCAAACUUGUCAAGGAAACUAGUACUCCCGUGGAAAGGACAGUUCCGCGUGGUCGAAAUCAACCACCCCAAGGCCGUAGUUUGCGACAUAUCAAGACCGGACAAACCGAACCGCACCGUCCAUUUGAACCAGAUAAAGAAGGUAUACACCAUUACAGGACCGGCGGCGACAACCUCAUGGGAAGAAAACCCCGAAGCACCAGACAUAAGCGAUUCCACCGAUCAAGCUGACAACGUCGACACCGACGAAAAUUUAGCUAGGACGGAGUCCCCAAAACUAAUUGAUAACUCCGAAACACACGUUCCGGAGAACUCGGCGAACGCUGAAUCCUUAAACCGGAGAUACAACCUAAGGAAAUCAUUAAAACCACCAUCAAGACUCUCUUUCUAA